GAACUCGAGUUGGAAGAGGCGAGUCCGGUCUCAAAAUGGAGGUAAAACCGCCGCCCGGUCGCCCCCAGCCCGACUCCGGCCGUCGCCGUCGCCGCCGGGGGGAGGAGGGCCAUGAUCCAAAGGAACCAGAGCAGUUGAGAAAACUGUUUAUUGGUGGUCUGAGCUUUGAAACUACAGAUGAUAGUUUAAGAGAACAUUUUGAGAAAUGGGGCACACUCACAGAUUGUGUGGUAAUGAGAGACCCCCAAACAAAACGUUCCAGGGGCUUUGGUUUUGUGACUUAUUCUUGUGUUGAAGAGGUGGAUGCAGCAAUGUGUGCUCGACCACACAAGGUUGAUGGGCGUGUAGUGGAACCAAAGAGAGCUGUUUCUAGAGAGGAUUCUGUAAAGCCUGGUGCCCAUCUAACAGUGAAGAAAAUUUUUGUUGGUGGUAUUAAAGAAGAUACAGAAGAAUAUAAUUUGAGAGACUACUUUGAAAAGUAUGGCAAGAUUGAAACCAUAGAAGUUAUGGAAGACAGGCAGAGUGGAAAAAAGAGAGGAUUUGCUUUUGUAACUUUUGAUGAUCAUGAUACAGUUGAUAAAAUUGUUGUUCAGAAAUACCACACUAUUAAUGGGCAUAAUUGUGAAGUGAAAAAAGCCCUUUCUAAACAAGAGAUGCAGUCUGCUGGAUCACAGAGAGGUCGUGGAGGUGGAUCUGGCAAUUUCAUGGGUCAUGGAGGAAACUUUGGAGGUGGUGGAGGUAAUUUUGGCCGUGGUGGAAACUUUGGUGGAAGAGGAGGCUAUGGUGGUGGAGCUGGUGGUAGCAGAGGUAGUUAUGGAGGAGGUGAUGGUGGAUAUAAUGGAUUUGGAGGUGAUGGUGGCAACUAUGGCGGUGGUCCUGGUUAUAGUAGAAGAGGGGGCUAUGGUGGUGGUGGACCAGGAUAUGGAAACCAAGGUGGAUAUGGUGGCGGUGGUGGAGGAUAUGAUGGUUACAAUGAAGGAGGAAAUUUUGGCGGUGGUAACUAUGGUGGUGGUGGUGGGAACUAUAAUGAUUUUGGAAAUUAUAGUGGACAACAGCAGUCAAAUUAUGGACCCAUGAAAGGGGGCAGUUUUGGUGGAAGAAGCUUGGGCAGUCCCUAUGGUGGUGGUUAUGGAUCUGGUGGUGGAAGUGGUGGAUAUGGUAGCAGAAGGUUCUAAAAACAGAAAAGGGCUACAGUUCUUAGCAGGAGAGAGAGCGAGGAGUUGUCAGGAAAGCUGCAGGUUACUUUGAGACAGUCGUCCCAAAUGCAUUCGAGGAACUGUAAAAAUCUGCCACAGAAGGAACGAUGAUCCAUAGUCAGAAAAGUUACUGCAGCUUAAACAGGAAACCCUUCUUGUUCAGGACUGUCAUAGCCACAGUUUGCAAAAAGUGCAGCUAUUGAUUAAUGCAAUGUAGUGUCAAUUAGAUGUACAUUCCUGAGGUCUUUUAUCUGUUGUAGCUUUGUCUUUUUCUUUUUCUUUUCAUUACAUCAGGUAUAUUGCCCUGUAAAUUGUGGUAGUGGUACCAGGAAUAAAAAA